AUGGAUUAUAAAGUGAGAGCCGAUAAUUUGAGAAAGCCUGAAUUGCUAUGGGAAUUGAAGCUAAGGGGCAUUCCAGUGGAUGACACUUCGACGGCGGAGAAAAUGAAAGCAGCGCUAAGGCCUUUGAUAAGAUUGGAGAGAAGGAACAAAUCAUUGAGCUACCCAGAUUAUACUUCCGUUUUUGACGACGAAACUAGGUAUAUACAAGAUUGUGUAACAGAGAUUACAAUUCUCAUGAAUUCUUUCACUGGUUCCAAGGCUGAAAUAAAAUUUGAAUGUUUACAAUCAUGAUUGGUGCAUUUUCUUCGUAGAGCAGAUCUUCUGCCCAACGAUCAACUGACCAGUGAACAAGUUAAACUAAAAGCAAAUCUGCUCAUGGAAAUUCUUAAUGCCUUAGAUACAUUGGAGAAGCGUACUAA